AUGACAACCCCCGACGAUGCUCCCCCGAUCAAACCGCCGCCCUCCUUCUCGCCGGCCUCGCCUCUGCCCACCAAGUCUAGAUACGCUGAGCGUCUGCAGAACUCGCAGCAGCCGGCGCUGACACCUCUCUCUGAAAGCGCUUUGCACAGCUCCCUGGCCUCCGAGCUGCAGUCCACCUCCUCGUCCCGGGCCAGCUCGCCUGACCGACGCCUCUCGCGCUCCUCCCAACGACUCUCUCGGUCGUCCACUCUCUCGCCCGCCAGACACCAGAUUGAUGCCGCAGAUGACAUACGGUCCAUAAUAAUACGGGCCUUUUCUCCGGCUAUCAGUGUUUACGCUUCACAUGACACGAAUGAGCUUAUCCGGAGGAAGGGUCUCAAAGGCGGUUUUUGCGAGCUCCUGCGGCCGUUUGGUGAGAACAUCACCGGGAAGGUGGUUAUUCGUGAUGGAGUGGGCUCAAGUCGGAGUUGGGACGAUUACGGAGUCCGGUUUAUGCACUCAAAUGGCAGCAAUCAGGCCUCAGGGGCUGGUUGGGAAGAUAUAGACAAGAUACCCCCUUUAGCACAAAUCGAAAAAGUACUGGAAAGCCACCUAGAACCCUCUAAUAGGGCGGCCAGUGACGCGAUAUUUGCUGGUGAAUCUGCACCCAAAGGCCUCACGCUGUCAUCUCCGCUAUAUAAACUAUUUUUAAAACGGCUUCUAUCAGUGGACUCGCCUACACCCCAUGAAACCUUCCUUCACCCUGUGGCCUGCGUCAUAGCCAUCAGCUCUAGCACGCCGUCGCCCUUGGAAGCCUUACGGCAGCUAUAUGCUAGCACAAGCCAUGGAGAGCAGGGGCCUCAACCCUGGGUUAACCCAGAAUAUCUCCGAUACUACGUUCUCGUUCACGAUGAAGAUAAAGAUGAUAUUACUCAGUCAACCACUCUGUUUGACCAAAUGAAACGACACUUUGGUCUACACUGUCAUAUGUUGAGGCUUCGAAGCAACCAGUGUGUUUUGACAGAUGACGAUAGCAUGCCGUUUCCGACAUGCGAGUGGCGGAGUUCACGGGAGGAACUCGUAGAGAUGAGAGAACAAGAACCGCUGAUAGAUGUUGGGUGGGAACCUCCUUACAUAUUCGAGUCUGAUGUAACGGCCAUCAUAUCCUUUAUCAGGGAGCUAGUGGCCCAAUCUGUUAUCCCUCACAUGGAGAAUCGUGUUGCCCUGUGGAACGAACAGGUUGCUUCUCGAAGACGAGGUCUGAGUGGUCGUUUCAUGUCAAUGUCCAAGCGCUGGACUGGCUUUGGCUCGAGCUCAAAAUCCUCUGGUGCUUUUGGAACCGGUGGACCGGGAAGCAAUUACGACCCUUACCAAGAUUGUUAUAAGCCCGACUCCCCUGAAGCCCUCCUUCGAAAGAUGGCGGAUUAUUCCUUCAUGCUCCGUGACUUCAAGCUUGCUUCGUCCACGUACGAUCUUCUCAGGGGGGACUUCGGAAAUGACAAGGCUUGGAGAUACCACGCCGGUGCCCAUGAGAUGUGCGCCAUUAGCAUGCUACUUAAUCCGCUGACGUCAACGAUUAAAUCUAAACUUGAUACUAUUGACCAAUUACUAGACAUCGCCUGUUAUUCCUACCUCACUCGAUGUUCAGACAGCCAGAAUACUCUUCGCACGGUCAUUCUUGGGGCUGAACUCCUGAAAUCCCGGGGAGGUGCAGCCGCUGAGCAUGCUGCUAAAUGGAAAAUGAAAGUCCUGAACAUGAACCUCGUCGGGCCUGUCGGCCGCAUCCUUGUCUCUGAACGAACCUCUGCUUGCUUUGCAGCCAAAGUUGCAACAGAAGGCACUAAAUGGGGAACUCGACGACGAAAAGCUGGAAUGUGGUCCCUUCUCGCUGCUGAUUAUUGGUUAGGCAUUGGAAAACCUGCUCUUGCCUCUAGCUGUUUAGAGGAAGCUGAGAGGCAUUAUGGACAUAUUCUGGAGGAAGGCUUAUUUGCUUUUCCUGAUCUACAAAAGUUUGUAGAAGAGUUGAGGCUGUCUGUGAAGAUGGGGUGUCUCGAAGCCCAAGGACUCGAGGGCGAGGACGAGCAGUCUGCCGACGAACAGCUUGAUACUGCCGAAGAGAUGAAUGAGAAGCUUGACUUUCGCCGUCAUCGACGAUCGUUUUUGGGAUCCGUUGGGCCCUUGGAGCCUACCCAAUUACCAACACGGCUAAAAACCGAGGACGAAGAACCUGCAGAUGACGACUUUGAGUGA